AUGGAAUAUAUAUCCUUAAAAUCUAAGCUUCAAUUUGCUCCUCUUACGCGCGAUUUUGAGGACCCUACUGGAUUGGUGAACGCAAAAAUCAAGAUGCUUUCAAGCAACCAGGUGCAGAAGAAGCCGUUUACAUGCUUCUACUGGAAGACUACCAAGUGCAGGUUUACAGCGCAGGAUUGUCGUUACUUACACGAGCAUACAGGACAUGUUGCUUCCUCUCCCUAUAAACCCAAGUCCAAGCCUAAGAGCAAGAGUAUUGAGUUGCCCUUGAAACAGCCUGAAGUUGGAACUUCUGAAAGUGACGACUUGAUUUCGUUAAGUUCUUCCUUUUCUACUCCAAUGCAAAAGCGUCAGAAAAGAAACCAUGAGAUAUCGGGGCUUAUCGAGGGUGACGAUUCGGCCCUGAGUCCUUCGCCUGAUGUUCGCGUUCUAGUGGAGUCGAUCAUUCUCGCUAUUCGUCAACAUCAGGAUUACGGCUCUCUUAAAAAUAUGUUGGCCACCAUUCCCCGCCAGGAGCUCAAGGAAAUUUUUGCUUGUAAUCAGCUCUCAUUUUCCGCUUUGCUAGCAGCUGUACAUACCAACAGACCCAACGUUAUCAAAUUGCUUGUUGAACAUGGCGCCAACCCUGAUGCAACGAGUGAAGCUGGUGUGCCGCUAUUGAUGCCCAUUAUUCUCAAUUCUGGAAUUUAUGCGACAGAUAUUGUCAGAGCCAUUCUUGCUCUUGGCGCAAACCCGCAUGUUAUUCCACCAGAUUUGUGGGCUGGCGGUAAUACACAGGUUCAAGAAGGUAAGGGCAGGGGCUCACAGACAACUUGGUGUAGUGAGCGGCAGCGGACAGUACUACGGGAUAGCCUCACAGUUUCCAUGCAAUAUUACUUUUCUGAAGCUUCCCUGUGUGAUGGAACUGCCGCUAUAAAUACCCUUGUUACUCGGGAAAUUUCUACUUCUGUCGUUGGCCAACGCUACGCACUCACCCGUAUCACUGAAUAUCUCAUUGGUCACCAUGUACUUCAAGGUAACUCCCCAUUGGUACUAGCAUUUGUUGGAGCACCUGGCUAUGGAAAAAGAACGCUUGCUCGAUCCCUUGGGGAGUUUCGAGAAAUAUCCCAGUUUUCUGGGCACGAUAAUAUGCUAUCUUCUAUGGAUAAUAUCGAUGAACCGAAGGUUUCAGCAUCUGUCAAACAUGGUUUAGAUAUCGUCUUUAUUGAUUGUGACAAGGUCGAUCACUCAUGGCUGAAAUCUCUACUUAAUACUGUCGAUAAUGAUACGUAUCAGUAUAAGGCAGGAAAGAAGAUGUCGCGGCGGAAGACUGCCUAUAUUCUUUCUGUGCCACAGACUGUGGAUUCGGCACCUUGGACUUCCACUGAUAAUCCCAACCCUAAUAAUUACGAAACCCCCAGAGAUCCAAAGCUUUUUGAGCUGCUAAGAAACAAAAUUGAGCCCAGUUUGAGGGACUAUCUUUCAAUACUUUACGGGCCAUCUAUCACAAGUCGUAUCGAACUUGUCGUUCCCUUCAUUCCCUUCACCAAAGACGAAGUUGCCGUAUUAGCUCAUCGAUUUACAAUUGAAGCGGUUCAAGAAUUAGAAAAGGAUUGCAUGCUUCGAGACUCUUAUGGUAAAAAAAGAGCAGGCGGCUUCGAUCUUCGUGCUGACCCCGAUAUUUACUACAGUUUUUUCGAUUUGUUAUAUUAUGAUUAUAAGGGUGCUCGCGAUAUCCAAAAAGAGGUGGCGAAGCACAUUGCUUUGCCAAUGGCACAGAAAUACCUCUCGAAAUUUGCAGAACACGUUAGUGAUUUUGAGGGGGUAAUUAAGGUCAGAAGUACUGAUCGUAUAUGCAACGGUAGUGAGGGCAUAUUUUUAGAUGUGGAGGUGCUCUAA